AUGCCUCCCGAUAUCGCCUCCCUCACCGCCGAACUCGACAACGACGAGGACCAAUACGACUCCGCCGAGGACUCCGACUUCCAGCUCGACGAUGACGCCGCUCCCGACGCUGAGUCGGGGAUGUCUGAUUCCGAGGAUGAGGAGGCGGGUGAAGAACCGGUGACUAAGAAGCGGAAAAUAGGGAAUAAGGAUACACGGGGGCCUGAGGAGGAGCUGGAUUCUGGGGAUGAAGCGAUGAUUCAGAAGGCCAAGGCGAAGAAGGAUAAGAAGAGGAAGAGUGGGGAGGUUGAUGAGGAUGUGGAUGAGGGGGAAGCUGGGGGGUUUGUGCGGACUCGGGCGAUGAAGAUGAGGAUAGGAGAAGAACGCAAACCACUUGCCAAGAUUGAUGGCGCUACGGUCGAUGUGGAUGCCUUGUGGGCGAAGAUGAAUUCCACUGAUCCGGGGAUCGGGGGUCCAUCUCAGAGUGAGAAGAAGGAUGAUGCUACGCCUGUGAAUGAACAGGAGGGAGAGACGCACGCCAACAACAAUGGAACAGCGACAUCAGCACCGGAACCCCAGACCUACACCGAGGAGAUGAUCAAGAUCAAACGGACCUACAAAUUCGCAGGAGAAAUGAUAACAGAGGAGAAACUCGUGCCCAAGGAUUCAGCAGAAGCAAAGCUCUUCCUAGCAGGCGAGAACGACGCUAAAACCGUCUCGGCUACCGAUGCAGACCCCGCGAAAGAAGCUAUCAAACUACGCCGACCGCUUCGACGACCCUCCCGAUUUGACCCCAACCCGACCGGCGCGAUCAAGAAGAGCUGGGAGAAGGCGCCCGUUACGAAGACGACCGGACAGGAGAACGCACGGGGACCGAAGAUUAAUACAGUCGAGAAGUCUCGGCUGGAUUGGGCGGCAUAUGUGGAUCAAGCGGGUAUCAAGGACGAGCUCAACGAGCACAGCAAAGCGAAGGAAGGAUUCCUGGGGCGGAUGGAUUUCUUGGACCGCGUCGGGGCCAAUAUCGAUGAGGAGAGGAGAAAUGCUCGUUUGAAGGGACUUCCAAAUCUCUGA